GUCUUUACAAAUGUAAGUCCUGUACGCGCUUGAUAACUCCCUGUGUAGUAGAGAACUACUUGACCUAGACAGGGAAAUUAUAACUUCGAACUGCAUAGGAUUUAUAUUCAUUUUCGCAGCUCUGACGCGUGGCUCCAUUUUUUAAUGAAAACUGUAGGGAAAUAACAACAAGGGUAUGAAAGCACAAGCGGAUCCUUGUGAGUGAACUACACUCGCAAGGAGGAGAAUUGAAGACAGCAGGGAGGACGGUGCCGAUGAAAGUCGGGUUUUGCACGGACCGGCUUUUUACUUACUGUUACAACGUAGGCCAAAAAAAUCCAAGCAAUUAUUUCUACAGCUAAGAGUUUGAAGAAGGUUGUGAGCAUUGUUUUUCACUUCCUGAAAUAGUACGUGGGCACAGACCUCAGUGUUCGUUGUUCUACUUUUUCUUUCCCGAGAUGAGAGGUCUGUUGACGAGUUUUGCGGCAACGAAAAAACGAGUGAAGCAACAGAGUUUUUAUAAUAACCACACAGGCAACAUUGGCAUUGAGUUGAUGCCCUCUGAGCGCAGGAGGCUGAUGUGUUUGGCACUUGAUACUUCUAUAAUUCCGAGGAUACGAGGACAGGGGCGAGGUGGACAGGAAAUUUUUUCUUUUUUUCAUCACUUUGUCUACUGCCCUCCAUUCGAUUUCUUCGGACGAGAGGCGUAGCUUUUCUAAUCCAUUGCAAAGCCAGAAGGUCGUGAUAUAGCGCUAUGAGCUCAAACUGCUGUUCUCCUAGCUGCGAGUUCACCGUCUCGUCCCCUGCGUCUUCAUGCCGUCCUCUCCACAGAACAGUCGGGGAUGCGGUCCAGCAACCUCAAGCACAAUCGCUGCAGGUUCAAAAACUACGUCGGCCCUCCUGCGAGAAGCCGCUGGUGAAGGUGGCCACAAAGCCCGAGCGACCCACCACGAUUCAUUUCCUACUUCGACUUCCAGUAGGUCAAGGUCGUCUGCCGAGACCUCAUCAACCGCAGCGUCCAGUGCGCGAUCCGCGGGAUUAGGAGUGGAACUACACGGAGGCUCAGCUUCUUCGUCCUCCUCUAAGAAUACGAAUAAAAUCCAGGACCACGACCUAGCUGGAGGCGCAACAGAAACAACCCCUGUACACACAGUACCACAACCGCAACAACAAGAUGAGCCUGCAUCCCCAGCCAGGAUAAAACGAGGGUUUCACAUCACCCGAAUGCGAAUGAUAUGCAUUGCAAAUAUUAUGCCUGGGAGGUCUGGAAAACGAAAAUAUUAAUUGCUACUCGUGACGCUGCCUGGAAAAUAAGUCCAACUGCAUCAAAAAGGGCUCAAAAUAUCUGCGAUGCUACGCAUGCAUCACAUGCAUCAUGGGUGAUGCAAAACGCGCAUGACAGACUUGCGCACUCUUCCGGACCACCCAGAUCGAUAUUUGCAAUGCAUAGAUGAAGGACGCAACCACCGGGGAACUGCUGUGGCGCAGCGAAAACUGGGACACGAGCGUAUUACAAUGAAAAAUGCCCCCGCCCCCGAACUUGAAAGCAUCUGUAUUGCAAACCUUUCCAAAUGAAACAUUCGCCCUCUUGCAUGUAUCAGCAUCACAGAUUUCCGAUCGUGAAUAGCAAAAAUUUGUAUUGCAAAAGAUCCCAGCAAGAGCGGUGCUUGUCAUGUAAGCGAUGCGAAACACGAAUAGAAUCUGCAUCAGAAAGAUUCAUAUGCCUUUCAUGCAUGACAAAAAGUUUUCAUUUGGAAACUUCGCAUCACAAAUUUUUGCAACUUUGGGGUGGGGGGCAUUUUUCACUGUAAUAGACCGCAGAAGAAACGGAAAUCCACAUCCCAGCGCGAGUUCUGCAGUGCAAGGCGGUUGCGCGGGAGAUCGAAUUUCAAUCGAAGGAACAGAUCGAGAAGUUCCGGUUGGAGCAAGUGGUGUUUUUCCGGAACGCGAUUCUCGAGACUUGGGAUUUCGAAUUCGGAUUUGUCAUUCCAGGAAGUACUUAUUUACGUAUGUAUUUUUCAUCAUCAUCUAGCAGUCGUGCCUAUCUUCUCAUAAUUCUUUGUCAUGCUAGAAGUGCGCAAUCGAAAAAUGGAGUUGGCGACUUCUCGGCAGUUUGUGAUGCAGUCGAUGCAAAUAGGAGACUACUUUGUGAUGCAAAAACGAGCAAUAAAAACUUCUGGCUCUAAUACGUCACAGGUUCUAACUCUUGGGAGCAGACCAUCGUGGCGGCAGAAGAAGACCUAUGAAUUGUAAAAGCAUUGUACUAGUAUAAAUUGCAUUACAAAUUAGCCCAGCACUACAAAUUGAAUUUGUAAUGCUGAUUUACCUUGAAAAGGAUAUUUGUAAUGCAUAAACGCAAUUAAUACGAGUACGAUACUUUUGCACAGCAGAAGACCAGAUGAUUCCUGCGGAGCUGCUUUCCGGCAACGUUUUUCUGAAAACGACGUUUUUUACUGGGGAAACCGCGAUCGCAAAACAAAGGAUACGAAUCUUCUACGAUAAGUAAAGUCCGCUCUAGUAGGUAGGACCUCGCUGUAGUACUACGUAGAAGCCCUCGUCUCCGUUGAUGAAUUGUUCUGAGUCCUCUACAAUGGUGGUGUCUGUGUCUGUUCGACGGAAGCCGAAAGAAAUCUUUAUUCGGACCACCUGAGCAAGCUAUUUUCGACAUGCUGAUUUCUUUGGUGAUGGUAUCGAAGUGUUGUCUCGAAGGACAAGUAGGUUUAAGUAUUGAAGCAGAUGGAUUUUGCACACCAUUUCGGCUUUGUGUCGCGUGGUUCGCGAAGUAG